AUAGUUUGAGGGAGAGCUCUGUUUGGUGGCCUAGCUUAGCUAUACAAAUUGUGAGCUUGAGCACCCCCUGGGGGUCACAUUUGGCGUAGUCGGCAGGAUAAAUUGGAACUGGUGUAAGACUUUUUGUUUUGUGUGUAUCCUUGUUUGAUUUGUGUGUGUGUGUGUGUGUGCUUUUUGUUUGAGUUUUGUAUGCGUGUUAUUUUUGUGGUGGCAAUAACCGAGGUCACAUUGAUUACAGGAAAAACAGUGGCUGAGGAAGGAUCUGGGACGACGACGCUGUAAGCGAUAAGUGGUUUGUGUUAACAUUUAACCCUGUCUUUUGUUGUUCGGUUCAAAUCUCACAGGUCAUGGAAGACCAGGUCAGGCUUCUAACUGAGCAAAUUAAACAACUUCAAGCAGACAAUGAAAGACUCCAGCAGGGAAAUGUAGUGCCCCCAGUGGAUCCAGAUCAGGGAGAGCCAAGUCGGCCAGUGCCAGGGUCAUCUGGUAUGAGGUAUGUGUAUGUGCCGAGGGAACGUAAAUAUCCCAAGUUUUCUGGUACUCCAGGUACAGACUGUCCUCCCGUGGAGGAAUGGGUUGAAGAGGUCCGCAAAUGCUUACAGGCUAGACAUAUGUCUUCCAAUGAACAGGCUUAUUUUGUAUAUGAUCUUCUUGAGGGCGAGGCUAAAUUAGAAAUUAAACUUCGUCCAGCUACUGAUCGGGCUGACCCUGAGAAGAUUGUUAGAAUAUUGUCAGAGACUUUUGGCUGUACACACUCUUACAUCGAGGCCCAGCAAAAAAUUUUCCAAUGCCGCCAGCGCGAGGGAGAAACGGUACGUGAGUUUUCCCAUUCAUUAAUGGCCCUAAUGGAAAUUUGUCAGCGUAAAAAUUCAAAUGCCCUUUCUAACCCUGAUUCGGUCCUCCGCGAUCAAUUUGUUGAAAAUGUUAGAGACAAAAUGUUGCGCCGCGAAUUAAAACAAUUCAUUCGCCUCAAUCCUGUCUCAACUUUUUUGGAUGUGCGUAGGGAAGCAUUUCGUUGGGCUGACGAUGGGGAGGGAGGCCGCCCAUUACGCGCCAGAGCUUUCUCUUGUGAUGCAAGUUCCGGGGUAGCAGGGGAAUGGGGAGCUGAGACCCAGGCUGUAGCUGCAAAAACGAAUGAUGAAUUGGCAGAACUUAAAGAUUGUUUGCGUAGGCAACAAGCCCAAUUGGACACCAUCCUAAAACAUUUGUCCUCUGGACCAGUACCUUCCAAUCCCAACAGUAGGCCAAGUAAUCCACCACGUCGUUACAGAUUCGAAGCCAGGCUGGUCACAUGGCAAGGGACUGCUCGAUGGUCCGUCGGCAGGGACAGCGGGUACGGAGUGACUCUGGGCAGAGGGCAGCUAAUGCAGUUGAUGUUCAAUCUAGUGGGUUGCAGGGAAACUAGCACCAUCUAGUGUACGGAGCCAAGCACUAGGUGGGGCCACAUCAGGCUCAGGUUCUCUUCUCCCCACACCACCUUCUCAUUCUGUACUUAUAGGGCAGUGCCCGGUGGCUGACAUUAAGAUGGGGGGAGUGCCCAUCACGUGCCUUGUUGAUACUGGUUCUAUGGUAUCUACCAUCACAGAAUCUUUCUUUAAAGACCACUUCAAAGUUCAGGGACAAGACCAGCUACGCUCUUGUAGAUGGCUGCAGUUAAGGGCAGCUAAUGGGUUGGACAUCCCUUACCGAGGCUAUUUAGAGCUGGACAUAGAAGUCCUGGGUAAGGUGCUUCCCUCCGUAGGCAUUCUGGUUGUUCAUGAUCCACCAGAUUAUAGGUCAAAGCUGAAAACGAACACUGUCCCAGGGCUUGUCGGAAUGAAUGUCCUCCGUUGCUGUCUGCGAGAAAUGUUCUGUCAGGACGGCGCUAGUUUGUUUACGUCUCCUUCCACUGAUGUCCCCUCCAUCUGGAAACAUGCUCUGUUGGCGUGUCAAAAUUUUGAUGACUUGUCCAACUCUGGUUUCUUGGGUAAGGUCUCAACCCCCCCAGGCUCUUCCAUUCUUGUGCCUGCUGGGUCUAUGAAAUUGAUUUCAGCUGUAUGCAGGCAGGGUCUUUGCCCUUUGAUUUCCUCAGCAUUUAUAGAACCAGGAGACAUAGGGUGGCAGUUGCCAACAGAUUUGCUCAUUCCUAGUUCUUUACUCCCCAUUGGUGAUGGCACUGUUGAUGUGCCGGUAGUCAAUGUGGGAAAGGAGGAUUGGUGGAUAAGACCACGCACCACCUUGGGUCAACUACAUAUGAUAGAGGUAUGUUCUGCUAACAAGCCCAUUGUUUUUCACGAAGAAGAUGGUAACCAAGGUCCUGUAGCUUUCAUUCAGUCCAUGGCGGUCACCACCUCUCACCUUCCUUGUCUCGCCGACACCACCUGGCCUAAUUUGACCGACUCAGAGCAGCAAGAGGCCAAGUCUUUACUCCAAAAGUAUAGUGCCGCUUUUAGUCAUGGAGAAGGGGAGUUGGGUUGUACAGACCUUAUUGAACACGAAAUUCCAUUAGUGGAUGAAACACCGGUGCGGCAACGCUACCGUAGGCUGCCACCGUCACAGUAUGAGGUUGUGAAGACGCACAUUCAAGAGUUGUUGGAGCAGGGUGUGGUAAAACCCAGCUGUAGUCCCUUCUCUUCACCCAUCGUCGUAGUUCAAAAGAAGGAUGGAUCUAUCCGUUUAUGUGUUGAUUAUAGACAAUUGAAUGCGAAAACCAGAAAAGAUGCCUUCCCAUUGCCUCGGAUUGAGGAAUCUUUAGAUGCUCUUUCAGGCGCUUGCCUCUUCUCCACUCUCGAUCUGGCAAGUGGUUAUAAUCAGGUGUCUGUGGCAGAAAAAGACAGACCGAAAACAGCAUUUUGCACCCCAUUUGGCCUCUUUGAGUUUCAAAGGAUGCCAUUUGGGUUGUGCAAUGCACCUGGAACUUUCCAGAGGUUAAUGGAAAGGAUCUUUGGAGAUCAGCGUUUCCAUAGCCUCCUUUUGUACUUGGAUGAUGUGGUGGUAUUUUCAUCCACAUUCCAACAACAUCUGGAACGACUGGAACUCGUGUUGGAUAGGUUGACCUCUCAUGGCCUAAAACUUAACUUGGGGAAGUGCCAUUUCUUUCAGCCAGAGGUGAAGUUCUUGGGGCAUAUCAUUUCAGCUUCAGGAGUCUCAACUGACCCUGACAAAAUCAGUGCAGUUAGGGACUGGAAAACACCAACCACAAUCACUGAAUUGCGCUCGUUCCUUGGAUUUGCGUCAUAUUAUCGGCGCUUUGUAGAGGGGUUUGCAAGGUAUGCAUCCCCUCUGCAUAAGUUGGUAGCAAAACUACAGCCAGCCCCAAAGAAGAAACGAGCAUGUUUCAAUGCCUCUUUGCGGGAUCACUGGGACUGGGGUUGUGAAAAGGCUUUUGAGACACUAAAAGAAAAGCUGGUAAGUGCACCAGUUCUUGGCUACGCAGAUUUCAGCAAGCCUUUUGUUCUUGAAGUAGAUGCGAGUGGGCUUGGGCUAGGUGCUGUUCUGUCCCAAGAACAGGGGGAGGGACAGCGGCGGCCAGUUGCUUACGCAAGUAGGGGGUUGCGUCCAACAGAACGAAACAUGAACAAUUACUCGGCCAUGAAGCUGGAGCUGUUGGCCCUUAAGUGGGCCGUAACAGACAAAUUUCGAGACUACCUCUUAGGCGUAAGGUUCACUGUGUUGACUGAUAAUAACCCCCUCUGUUAUCUGCAGACGGCCAAAUUGGGUGCUGUAGAACAACGCUGGGCGGCACAGCUAGCCCUCUUUGAUUUCAAAAUUGAGUACCGCCCAGGUACAUGUAACCGAAACGCAGAUGCAUUGUCUCGUUUACCUGCAUGCCCAGUUCCAGACUCCAUAGGAACGGUAGCACCAGGAAUCUCUGUCCCUACUGAGAUUAAAAGCGUUUUGGCAACCCACCCCUCUGGGCCAGUUAACAUCCAGGCCAUAGAUGCCUCCCCAGUAAGGACUAGGGCUGAUCUCCAACUCCUCCAGUCAGAAGACCCGGUGCUAAGGGCCUUUCUAGUAUACUGGAAGAGAGGUAAACCCCCCACAGCAUUGGAAAGAGCCAAAGAGUCCCCUGCUGUGGUAGAACUUGUGCGUCAGUGGGCCAACAUACAGGAACAGGGUGGUGUGCUGUACCGGCAAAGUCACAUCCCUGGUCGUAGUGUGAAAGUGAUGCAGCUGCUGCUGCCUCAGCUGCUACAUGACGAAGUCUUGACCGCUUUACACAAUAACCAUGGACACCAGGGAGUAGAAAGGACCACCACACUCAUUCGUCAACGUAGUUAUUGGCCCUUUAUGCGCAAAGACAUCGAGCGCUGGUGCCGUGAAUGUCAACGAUGUUUAGUGGCAAAAGCUGUACAGCCAAAGUUAAGAACGUUCAUGGGUAGUCUUCUUGCAUUCAAGCCUUUAGAGAUUCUAGCCAUUGAUUUCACCACACUGGAAAAGUCUAGCGAUGGAAAAGAAAAUCUUCUUGUCGUAACGGAUGUGUUUUCCAAAUUCGCUCAGGCUUAUCCCACCAUAGACCAAAAGGCCACAACCGUAGCACGGGUUCUUACCGAACAGUGGUUUUAUACCUAUGGAGUACCACAGCGCAUUCAUACGGACCAGGGUCGCCAAUUCGAGGGGGAAUUGUUCCAGCGGCUGUGUCAAUUAUAUGGCAUUCACAAGUCCCGCACAAGUCCUUACCAUCCUGAGG